UCUUCAUCCAAUACACACGAGAGAAGUAAGAAGAAACAGAGUAGCAAACGAUGUCAACGUUCAUCUACUUCCUCUUUCCUUUAGCUAUCUUUGUAGUUUCCUUCUUCAUCAUAUCAAAGAAACACAAACCCUCAAAAUGGAAACUUCCACCUGGUCCCAAGACACUUCCGAUCAUCGGAAACUUGCACAACAUCAAAGGACAGCCUCACACGUGUUUUAUAAACCUCUCCAAAACAUACGGGCCAGUGAUGCUUCUCCGUUUCGGAUUCGUCCCCGUGGUGGUGAUCUCAUCUAGAGAAGGAGCAGAAGAAGCUCUCAAGACCCAAGAUCUCGAAUGUUGCAGCCGACCAGAAACCGUCGCGGCAAGAAUGAUCUCUUACAACUUCAAAGACAUAGGGUUCGCUCCUUACGGUGAGGAAUGGAAAGUGUUGAGGAAGCUCGUGGUCGUUGAGCUCUUGAACAUGAAAAAGUUUCAGUCGUUCGGUUACAUCAGAGAGGAAGAGAAUAACUUGUUGGUCAAGAAACUAACGGAAGCUGCUCUGACACGUUCCCCGGUGAAUUUGAAGAAGACCCUUUUCACGCUCGUUGCGAGUAUUAUCUGUAGGCUCGCGUUCGGGAUAGAUAUCCACAAAUGCGAGUUCGUGGACGAGGACAACGCUGCGGAUCUAGUUCACAAGUUUGAGUUGCUCGUUGAUGGUAUUGCAUUCUCUGAUUUUUUCCCUGGAGUAGGUUGGAUCCUCGACCGAGUUUCCGGACAGAACAAGACACUGAACAAUGUUUUCUCGGAGCUAGACACUUUCUUCCAGAAGAUACUCGAUGCUCAUCUUAAGCCUGUAAGAACCGUAUCCAACAACCCUGAUGUCGUUGACGUGAUGGUUGGUUUGAUGAAGAAACAAGAGCAAGAUGGAGAUUCUUUCAAGCUCACCACAGAUCAUUUCAAAGGAAUCAUCUCAGACAUAUUUCUUGCGGGAGUAAACACAAGCGCCAUCACAAUGAUAUGGACCAUGACGGAGCUGAUCCGAAACCCUAAUAUAAUGAAGAAAGUGCAACACGAGAUUCGGACAACACUUGGGGACAAGAAAGAGAGACUCACAGCUGAUGACCUAAACCAUCUUCACUACUUGAAGCACGUGAUCAAAGAGACGUUUAGGUUACAUCCAGCAGCUCCACUCUUGCUACCAAGAGAGACCAUGUCUGACAUCAAGAUCCAAGGCUUCGACAUCCCCAAGAAAUCCCAGAUGAUGAUCAACGUUUACUCGAUCGCACGCGAUCCAAAAAUCUGGUCAAACCCGGAUGAGUUUAACCCUGACAGGUUUAUCGAAAGUUCCGUGGAUUACAAGGGACUGAACUUUGAGCUUUUACCGUUUGGUUCUGGUCGGAGAAUAUGUCCCGGGAUGAAUAUGGGAAUUGCUACUGUGGAGUUGGGACUGUUGAACUUGCUCUACUUCUUUGAUUGGGCAGUGUCUGAAGGGAAGACUAUCAAAGACAUGGACGUGGAAGAAACAGGAUCGCUCAUUAUCAGCAAGAAGUCGACUCUUGAGCUUGUUCCGCUUUUAUUUAACUUAAACAAAUAGUCCAUAAUAAGAUACAUGUAUUUGUACUUCUGCUUCAUAUUUUUGAGUUUUGUAGUAAUAUCUUUUCUUAUAUUAAACAUUAUAUCAUAUA